UGCAGAGGAGUCUCGUCCCUACCGUCCGCCGCCAGGCGCCAGCACCGCAGCACGCCUCCGCCUCCUUCCCGCUUGCAGCUUCUCCUCCGCUUCUUCUUGGCCGUCCCCGGCGCCGGCGAGGUCCUUCACCGGCAACCCCCCCCCCUUCUGCGCGCUUCAUUUUUCUCGUUGCCAGGCUCCGCCGCCACACAACCGAAGCGGCGGCGAUGGGAGGAGAGGCCACAAGUGCCGGCGGCGGGGGUUUCCGCGCGCGGAUGGAGCACUACCUGUACAGUGGAGAGAAGAAGCACGUGGUCGCCGGCAUCGCCAUCUUCGCUGCCGUCUUCGGCGUCCCGUGGUACUUCAUGACCCGAGGAGCAAAGCAUGAAUCUCACCAAGAUUACAUGGAAAGGGCUAACAAGGCGAGGUCAGAGAGGCUUUCUUCUGGACAGCCAUCGGCAAUGAAAGAAUGAAGUAGUAGUGCCUAUUCUGGCCCCUGACGUCUAGAGCUCAGCAUACUCAGUUUUGUUUGUAAUCAGAGGAUUUUGGUCUGUUGUGAAAUAAGCAGACAUCUCCCUUAUCUUGCUAGAUAUGGAAACCUUGUAUUGGUGUAAUAUGUUACCAGAAAAUUUGUCUACUGGAGCCUAUGUUUCCGUUUGUGCUACUCGCGAGGGCAUGACCCGUACAGAAGUCUUGCAAUAUUUUCUACCUGUUGCGUAGUAUUUCAGCUA